AUGGAGACCGCUAAGCAGGCUUUCAACUACGUCGCCGAGUCCAUCCAGGGCGCGACUUCCGGUGCCAGCAAGGAGACCAACAAGGAGAUUGCCAAGAACGACGAAGUCCCCGUCAGCACUCGCCUGAGCGCUACCAAGGACGCUCUUGGUGACAAGAUCGACGAGACUGCCCACAACAACAAGGCAGAGGCUCACAAGGAGCUGGCCAAGAACUAG